AUGCUCAAGCCUUUUCACCAGCGAGGCUGGUGCGUCGGUUCAGGCAUCGUGGAUGAUGGGCAGAGCCUGGUGCUCGUGGGCGCGGCGUCCAACCUGCUGGCGGCCUGGAUCUCGCGGGCGCCGCCCUGCCCUGCGGCCCCGGCGGUGUGCCCCAACCUCACGUGCGGGGCCGUGCAGUGCCGGGCGUCGGAGCAGCCUCUGACGUGCCUGGCGUUGGCGCCUGCAGCGCCUCCCCCGGCUCCUACGGAGCCCUCCGCUGAGGCGCCGGAGCCGCCGCCGCCUCCAGUGCAGGCAGCCAGGUGGGACCUCGGCUGGCUGGUGUUGCCGCUCGUCCACGUGGCGGUGGUGGCCGUGCAGCUGGGCCAGGGCGCCGGGUUGGCGAGUCCUCCGGUGGGGAAUAGUGACCCGCUGGACCUGCUGAUCUCGAUUCCAGACCGCGACGUUUAUCAGGAAAGCUACGCUGCUGGGUCGCCCGACAUCGUCACAGUGGUGUUCCCGUCUUCGCGGCAGGCGCUGCAGGGCGUGGGCCCUGACCUGCUGCAUCGGUUCCGCCGGGAGCCGAACGUUGCCGAGGCCACUGCCAUCGGCGACGCGCUCGAGGAGGUGGCCCAGGGGCUGUACUUUGCUAGGGAACGGGCUGGUGGUCGGCCGCUGAUCCUCCCUGUGGGUGGCGCCUGCGCGAGGUUCGACUUCGCGAACGCUGGUGCUGCCGCGCCUGGAGGGCCCGCUGCUGCCACUGCCCCUGUGGGGGCGGGCGGUGGUGCCGCCGCUGCUGCCCUGGCUGGCGUGAUGGUCCCUGUGGCGGCGGGCGCCCCGCCGCCUGCCGCGGCCCUGCCAAUCAGCGCUGGCUGCCGUGGGGACGUGGUGAAUUUUAACGGGUCGGAGAAGAUCGAGGGUGACAUCGCGCUGUCGCAGCAGGGUGUUGGCUGGGUGGCGAUCCGUCGGAUUUUCACGGACCACGCGGCGCACAAGUGCGCCGAGAGCGGAGCGCACAUCAGGCUGCUGGGAGUCGCGCCGCGAGCCGACGGCCACCACGUCCGCCUGGCCUUGCGCGAGGUGGUGCCGCCGAUGGUGGAGAACGCCAUCCCUGGGUGGCUGCUAGACGGGCCUAGGGCGGUGCUUUGGUGUGCCCAGAUUAUCGACAGGAAGCGACUGGGCCACGUCGAGCAUAUCUCCGCCUGCGUGGCCUUCUUCCACCUCACGAAGGACGACUGCGGGGUGAGCCACUGCGGGGGCAUCAUGAAGAUGAUCGAGCACCUCGGUUGCCGUGGCCAGCUCGACCCUCCCGACCUCGUCGGGGUCGAGCUGACGACGCGGCAGGCGCAGCUGCACGAGUGCAUCUACUCCACGGAGCGCGAUGCGCUGCAGGCCGAGGAGGCAGGCGGCGGCACGGCCGAGGGCGACGGCAAGGAGAAGGGCGGCCGAGGCCGUGGAGGAGGGCCCCACCGCUUUGGCAUCGUGGACGAGGCGGCGCUGUUCACUGGGGCGGCCAAAGAGGACGACCGCUCCAUGAUCUGCCCGCGGCUCCUGGAGCACGUCUCCAGACAAAAGCGCUUCCACCCCGACGGCAUGGUCAGCGAGAUGACCGACGCGCUGAACGAGAUGCGGGGCUGCCCGCUAGCGGCCCGCGGUCAGGCGACCGCUGGCUCUUCGAUGCCUUCAGCUGGCCACGCUCAGGUCUUCUCGGAGCCCGCGCGAGCUGCGCUGCGGUUUGGCCCCUCCCCCGAUGGCUUUGGCGGCCCUGGGGCCCUUGAGGAGCUUCGGAUCUCGCAAUCAUGCGAGGGUGACGCCACGAUGGUUGCACUGGUCAGCUUCGACCAUGUCGACUCCAUCACCUUGCCCCGGGCGGGCAGUCACCCGACGGCGCUGGAGGUCAUCGACAAGGAUGUGGGCCUGGGCAUAGUUCGUCGGCUUCAUGAGUUGCGUCUGCCCCGACAGCUGGGGUUGGAACGCGUCAGCGGCUUCGCCCGGGCCCUGCCCUCCGCAGCCCGCGCCUCUACGCGGAGGAUUCGAGACGGCCGCCACGCCUCCUCGCGCUUCAACGCGGCGGACCCCGUGGAGCUGGCGACUGGCGCGGCUUUCGCGCAGAUCUCGGUGGGCGACGACCAGUCCAUCGCCCUCGGCGGCGUCGACAUCUCGGACGCUUUCUACUCGCUCGGGGCGCCGCCUUGGCUCAGGCACUACUUUGGUCUUUCUCGCCUCCGCGCUGGCGACGUGGGGCUGGGUCGCCUGACCGACGGGGCGGUGGUCAAGGCGUCUGCCCUGGUGGUGCCGCGCUCCCGGUUCUCUCCAAUGGGCUGGAGCAUCGGCCUGUGGAUCUGCCAGAGCCUCAACGAGGCGGCCACCGCUCGUGCCAUCCCUGGCCAUUUUGGCCGACGCCUGGUGGACCGCCGCCCUGCACCCUCGCUGUUGGAGGGCCUGGCGCACGCCGUGCGCGUCGACAACUCCAUCGCCCUCUCGCACCGCCUGGAGGAGGUUCGAGGAGCUGCCGCGCGGGCGCAGGAGGAGAUGACGGCGUCAUAUCUCCCUGCGCACUUUGUGGAGGUCUCGAUGGGGGGCGACGCGCUAG